AUGGAUAAUGUACCAAUUUCAAAAUCAUCCUCAACGGCAACGUGUUGUGAUGAAACAUAUGAUAAUACAUAUUUUUCAUCAUCGAAUCAUUCAAAUAAGACUCUUAAUAAAAUAUCUCAAUAUUUUCAACAGAAAUUCUUAUGCGACGUAUUAUUGAUUUGUGGUGAUAAACGAAUAGAAGCACAUCGUAUUAUUAUCAGUUCUGUGUCAGACUAUUUUCAUGCAAUGUUUUCCUCAAAUAUGUUAGAAACAAAACAAAAAGAAGUCAUCGUUAAUGGUAUUGAUCCGGAUGCGUUAGAAAAGUUGAUUAAUUACGCAUAUGAAGGUAAAAUAGAUUUCAAAAUUGAUUCUGUUACUGGUAUUUUGAGUGCCGCAAAUAUGCUACAUAUUUCCGAGAUUGUUGAAGCUUGUUGCAAUUAUAUUACAAAACAAUUGCAUGCAUCAAAUUGUCUGGGCAUAUUCAGAUUUGCUGAACAUCAUAGUUUAAACGAUUUAUGCAAAGUCUCUUAUGAUUUUAUUACGGAGCAUUUCAGUGAUGUAGUCAAAAAUCAUGAAUUUCUUGAAUUAAGUGCGAAUGAACUGAAAAAAUUGUUAGAAUCAGACGAUUUAAACAUACACUCUGAACAAGUUGUAUUUGAAGCAUUUCUAUCAUGGUUACAAUAUGAUAAAGACAAACGACAAAAUGAUGAUUUAGCUCAAUUGUUAGGUGUUAUUAAAUUACCAUUAAUUAAGCCAACGUAUUUAACCGAUCAUAUUGAUUCAAAUCCAUUAUUUAAAGAAAAUGCACAAUGUCAAGCGUUGAUCAUUGAAGCUAUGCGCUAUCAUUUAGUUCCUGAACGACGUUCGAUAAUGCAGACAAUAAGAACAAAGCCUCGACGAUCAACAAUUGGCUCACUCUAUUGUCUAGGAGGAAUGGAUACUGCUAAAGGCCCUCAGACAAUCGAAAAAUAUUGUUUUCGCACCAGAUUUUGGGAUUAUGAUGGUCAUUUGAAUAGUCGACGUUUACAAUUUGCUUGUGUUUUAUUAGAUAAAAAAUUAUUUGUUGUUGGAGGACGAGAUGGGCUAAAAACUUUGAACAGUGUAGAAUAUUAUGAUUUACACAAAAAACAGUGGCAUAUGUCCCCUCCGAUGUUAACAAAUAGACAUGGAUUAGGUGUGGGACAAUUAGGUGGCCCUUUCUAUGCUGUUGGUGGUCAUGACGGAUGGUCCUUUUUAAACACGGUUGAACGAUUUGAUCCUCAAACACGAGUUUGGGCAUAUGUAGCGAGUAUGUCAAAUGCAAGAUGUACCUUGGGUGUUGGCGUGUUAGAAAAUCGUCUCUACGCUGUGGGAGGUCGUGAUGGAAGCUCAGCGGGCUUGCGAAGUGUCGAAUAUUAUGAUCCACAUACCAAUAAAUGGCUUCAAUGUGCGUCAAUGCAAAAGCGACGUGGUGGAGUUGGUGUAACUGUCUGUAAUGAUUUUCUCUUUGCAAUUGGUGGACACGCAGAUUCAUCGGCAAAUAAUAAAAAUGCGAUAAGGCAUGAUGAUGGAGAACGGUACGACCCGCGAUGUGAUCAAUGGACACUGAUUGCGGGUUUUUCUCGUCCAAAGGAAGCAAUUGCUGUUGCCGCAUUGGGUAACAAAAUUUUUGCCGUUGGAGGAUUUAAUGGAGAAAAAGUUGUGGAUGAAAUGGAAAAAUAUGAUACAGAUAAAAAUACUUGGACGAAAUGUGUCUCAUUAUGCACGAGACGUGCCGGUUCGUGUCUGUUACAUAUACCCAAUUCUGUUUAUCAACCACCAAUAUCACCCAGUACCUAUUCAUUAAAUUCAUUAUGUCAAAAAACCAAAGAUCCCGAUAUAUCAUCAAGUUGUCAUCAACUUAGUCGAUUAGCUUUGUCUUGA